AUGACUGUAGAAUAUACGAACGAGUCUACUGGUGCUGUUCUCAAGAUAUCUCCUGUGGAAGGAGAAGAUGAGGCAACAUACAAAUGUGAAAUUACAUAUCUCGAAGUUAUCGAAAACUGCGAUGUAGUUCAAAUUGUCAAGCUGAAGACACUGAAAAAACCAGAGAAUGUGAAAAUCUUUCGCAGUGGAGAUCACACUCCUUUACCAAAUUCUACAGUCAUUGGCCCAAUGGAAGAAGAAGAUGAAUUCGACUUGAUCUGCGAGGCAUCUGGUGGUAAACCUAUUCCUAAAGUGAGAUGGUACAAUGGUACCAAUGAAAUACAAAGAGCUAAGUAUAGUGCGAAUGAGAUCGACAACGGAGUGGGAACCGGGAUUUCGAGACUGCAAUUGACCCUUACGAGAGGCGAUUUGCUGGCCAGAUUUGAAUGUAGGGUGGAAAGCGAUGCUUUAGACGAACCGAUUAUUUCCUGGGUCCGAAUUGACGUCAACGGUAAGUCAUAA